AUGCUGCCGGAGGACUCUGAAGUAGAGGUGCUGCUGGACCCUUUGACGUAUACGCGGGCCAUUCACAAAGACCCUGGCGCCCGCUGGGUUGUUGGGCUCAGGCCUGUGGAACUGCAGAGGGCGCCACGAUUCCCGCAGUCAGGCGAUGCAGCCACGGGUGGCACAAGGUUCCCGAACGUGGGGAGCCGAUGGUAUGAAGGACGGUUUGAAGUGUGGAUGCGCGUGCCGGUUCUGUUAGGCUUGAUGUGCCUGGUUGAGCUUGCGUGUCUUAUUGCCACGGGGACCACAAGGCAUCCCCUAGACUUUCCGUCGGUGGAGGAAGCAUUGUGGGAUUACGCUAGAAGACAAACGGAUGGUGUGGCGGAGUUUCCAAGGAAGGCAUGGCGCAUCUGGGUGACCUCGUCUCUCGCAGCCUUGUUUGGUCUAACGCUCUCGUGGAAGUUUGGCACAGCCGCGCGAAACUUUUGGGCGCUUUGUGGCGUGGGCAUCUCUCUGUUGUCCCUCAUGGCUACGGUUGCGCAGUUGUUUAUGUUGUGGGUGGCCUGUAGCGAUUCGCCCAUAAGCAAGAUGGAGGAGUGUGACGUUCCUUUUGUCUUGUAUUGGACAUUUAGCGUAGUUCGCCUGGGCGGCCCACUUUUUGCCGUCUGGUGCGUGGGUCCUGUUCUGGACAUUAUGCAGGAUGUACGUGCCCGGUGGAAGAUUAUACUGGGCCUCCCCGCUCUUUCUCUCACUCUCGCCGUGCUACUCUGGGUGAUGGGCGAGUCUGCGGUGGUGGGCGGCAACGCCGUGUACACAUGGUGUGGCUACGUAACGCUGGCGUCAUGGGGCCCCCUACUGCUCCGCUGCAGCAGGCAGAGGCGGUUCCAGGUGGUAUUCGUGGCGAAGCCUCACAUGGACUGA